GCGCAGGCGUAGUAGGUCUGGGCCAUUAUUUUGUCGUCCUCAAGCGUUAAAUGAACAACAGGCUAAGCGCUCCUUGAAAUGAAUUAAAUAUUAAUUCACGGAAAGGGAUUUUUUUUCCUCCCCCGUCCUCACCGAGAACCUACCAUGGAGCCUGUCGGCCAGUAGCUCGCUGUCUCGUCGGCCCGCUCGGUCCUCCGUUGGACUUGGAAGGCCGAAAACGGUCCGCGGGGUGACAGCCCCGUUAAAGGCAGCAGUUCGGGUGUCUGUCUGCUCGGCUAGCCUCGCAGCUAGCUUCCUAGAGAGCAGCGACGGGAAGGGAACGAGCUGUGAGGGCUGAUACGUUUGGAAAGACGGAGCCGUGACGGUCGCUCUGUCCAGCCGGCAGAAGGGAUGGCACACCUCGGAGACCUGCAGAACCAGAACACCAAGCUGGACCCCGAGGAGUACUUCACCAAGCAGGAGCGAAUAGGGAAGGGUUCUUUCGGAGAGGUGUACAAGGGCAUCAACAACCGCACAAAGGAGGUGGUGGCGAUUAAAAUCAUCGACCUGGAGGAGGCGGAGGAUGAGAUAGAAGAUAUUCAGCAGGAGAUCACGGUCCUCAGCCAGUGUGACAGUCCGUUUGUCACCAAGUAUUAUGGAUCAUACCUGAAGGGGACCAAACUGUGGAUUAUCAUGGAGUACUUAGGCGGCGGCUCUGCUCUGGAUCUGCUCCGCCCGGGACCUCUGGAGGAAACCUACAUCGCCACCAUCCUGCGGGAAAUUCUGAAAGGGCUGGAGUAUCUGCACUCGGAGAGGAAGAUUCACCGAGACAUCAAAGCUGCCAAUGUGCUCUUGUCAGAGCAGGGUGACGUGAAGCUUGCAGAUUUCGGAGUUGCUGGACAGCUGACAGACACCCAAAUCAAGAGGAACACAUUUGUUGGCACGCCUUUCUGGAUGGCGCCUGAGGUCAUCAAGCAGUCAGCCUAUGACUUCAAGGCCGACAUCUGGUCCCUGGGAAUAACCGCCAUCGAGCUGGCUAAAGGAGAGCCACCUAACUCUGAACUACACCCUAUGAGGGUCCUGUUUCUCAUCCCCAAAAACCCUCCCCCCACACUGGAAGGCCCCUACAGUAAACCCUUUAAAGAGUUCGUGGAGGCCUGCCUAAAUAAAGACCCGCGUUUUAGGCCGACCGCUAAAGAGCUCCUGAAGCACAAGUUCAUAACCCGUCACACCAAGAAGACCGCCUACCUGACAGAGCUGAUAGACCGCUACCGCCGCUGGAAGUCUGAGGGACACGGCGAGGAGUCCAGCUCUGACGACUCAGAUAUGGAUGCCGACGGUGAUGUCGAUCAAACUCCCAUGUGGAACUUCCCCACAGUGAAAUCGAUAAACCAGCUACAGCAGAGCUACCCGCAGCCGGACUCAGAGUCCGGAGAUUCGAUGAAACGCCAGCCCAAGUCACAAUGCUUGUCUGCUUUGGUAACGCCCAUCUUCAGAGAGUUAAAGGACAAGCGACGGGCCAGUGGCGGUGGAGUGGGCGCCAUCGAGGAACUGGAAAACGCCUUCAGCCUGGCAGAGGAGUCCUUCCCAGGCAUCUCUGACCGUCUCGUCACACACAUGAUGGAGAGAGUGUGCAGGUUUACUUUGAACGGUAACACGACUCCGUCUUCACGGUGAAAGCCCUCCUGGAUGUAAUGUGACCCGGCCUCAUUGUUGUCCGUCUCCCCACACCCAGCUGCUCUGAUAAGGACCACAGACAGACAGACACCUGUCGCACCACUGCCGCCCUUCCCUGUCUAAACCCAAGAGAUCUUGUAAUUAGUUACAAUUAAAUAUUUUUACAGUUUUCCUUUAAGAACGGAGAGUAUUUAACACUAAAAAAAAAGCCAUGCCAUUUAGAGUGUUGUGUAUACCUGUAGGAGUGAGAAGAAAUCUGCUAUAAUAAAGUCUAUUGAAAAUGGUCA